AUGCCGGCAGUGCUGCAGGAUCGAGUUGACCUCUUCUACCUCGUCUACGCCGGCGAGAUCGACGCGCUGCGCCUCGCUCUGCUGCAGCGGCCAACGGAGCUGCACCUGCUCGACCGGCACGGCGAUUCGUUGCUGCACCUCGCGAUCCGGCGGGUCGACACCGCCGCCGUGCGCUGCGUCCUCGCCGCGGGCUUCGACGUCAACACUCGCUCCGCGGGCAACUGGACGCCCAUGGAGGAGGCGAUGGCGUGCGUGCAGGCUUGCGUUGGUGCGGACGCGGCGGCCGACGUGAAGGCCAAGGCGGUGCUGCGCGAGAUCCACCUCGCCGUGCAGCUCGACGAGCAGAAGCGGUGGGCGGGGCGGAGGGAGACGGUGCUCAGGACGCUGCGCUCGAUGCCAGACUUCUCCGCGGCGCCUCGCAUGGAGGAGGGGCCGGGCCUUGUCGCAGCACCUUCUGCGGACCUCCUCCUCGAAACCUUCCCCGCGCAGGUGCUCGCGUGGAGGAUCGGGUCGUACAUGCUCGGCGUCGCGACGCUGCUGCGCCGCUUCCUCCCCUCCGACACGUACCGGAUCCGCAAGAGGGGCGUCCGGGUGAGGGUCGACUCGACCCUCGCCGGACUCGACUACGACGCGCUGACCUGGCACCGCGGCCUCCUCUCGCUCAUCAUCCGCUUCGACGCGGGCUACGGCGAGAUAUGGGGAGAUAUGGGGAGAUAUGGGGAGAUAUGUCUCGACGCGGGCUACGGCGAGCCGGAGAUCCUUGACGGCGAGCCGGAGAUCCUGAUGGCGGAGUGCGCCCUCACGCGCCACCCCGCCGACCUGCGCGUGGAGGGCGAGCUGUCGCCCGCAGCGGCGGCGAGGGGCAGGGGCGGCGGCGGCGGCGGUGGCGGAGGGCGCGACGGCGGCGGCGGCGGCGGCGUCGGCGGCUCGGGCGUUCGGUUUGUGUCUGAGCUGGUGCCGCUGAUGGCCGAGUGCGACUUGUGGGGCCAUCCGAGCACCGACGCCGGCGCGCCCUCCGCUGCCGCCUCGUCGGCGCGCUACCAGUGCCGCUGCAUGCUCAACGUGCGGCUGCGCGAGCGCGAGGGAGUCAUCGCCACCCCGCCCGACCGGCGCGCGCACACAGAGGCGCUGCUGGCGAGCGAGGCUGCGGCGGCCGACAGCGAGCAGCACGACAAGCCGUCGAGCGCCGGCGAUUUGGCGCUGCUGCAGCGGUUCGCGCAGGGCGGCAAGGUGCUCGGCCUCUUCCUCCGCCCGGCGUCGGCGCGCGUCACGUGCUCUUGGGGUCUGCCGCUCUCCCUCGACCAGUUCUGCGUCGUCAUGCGGCUGCUCGCUCCCAUCAACCGGCACAUUUCUGGCGUGUGCGACUACCUGCUCGGCAUGUGCCCGCCAUGCGCUUUCCCGACCCGCCUCUCCGUCCCGCUGCCCGUCGGCUUCUACGUGGAGGCGCGAGAUCGGGCCGAGAUCGGGCCGAGCUUGGGCGGAGAUUCCGCCGUGUGUUACGCCGAGGCGCACCUCCCCUCCUUCUCGGACGACUGCGCGCACCCGCACGCGGAGCAGUUUGCCUUUGGCGCGAAGGGGGGCGGGCUGGCGGCGGGCGGCGGCGAGCUGUUUGACGCGCCGCCCGAGUUUGAGGUGGUGGGGGAGGACGAGUUCCUCGACGACCUGCUUGACGCGUUCCUGUCCAGUCUCGGCGACGAGGACGACGAGCCGCACCGGCCGCCGAGCCUCGAGGCGAGCCAGGCCGCGGGCGAGCUGGGCAACGGGCGAGGCCACGAUCUUCAGCAAAGGCGGGCCGCGCCGCGAGAGGGCCACCAAUUAGGCGACUAG